AUGAUAUCACUGGAAAACGCAUUUACUGAUUUUAUGGUUCAUCUCUAUCAGAACGUCGCACCUGGCAAGGAAUCAGUGUGCAUCUCUCCCGUGUCAAUUACCAUAGCUCUCGCCGCUCUUUUCUACGGGUCAUCAGGACACACUAAACAGCAGCUAAAGGAUGUUGUAUUUCGAUCUUUUUCCAGUGACCAUGAAAUGCCGUUAUUCGCUGCCGAGCUACUCCUUCCCUUCAGUACAGAGGUCAAUGGUAAGAACAACCUCGUUACUGCAAGCCACCUGUAUUGCCACGAUGAAAUAGACGUAUCGGACUCGUACAGGGAGGUACUCGUCCGCAACUUUGACGCGUCGGUGGUCACCGUCACUUUUUCUAAUGCUGGGGCUGCCAUUCCUGAAAUUAACGAUUGGGUGGCUAAAGUUACUCAUGGGAAAAUUGAACACAUCAUUGCGGAAAACUCGGUCGAUGCAUUGGCAAGUCUAAUGAUCACGAACGUGGUUCAUUAUAAGAACCGAUGGGAAAAAAAAUUUUCUCCAAGCCUAACGAGGAACGGAUAUUUUCAUGUUUCAGCGGAUCGAAAAGUGUCGGUCAAAAUGAUGAGUAAAGUAACGGAACUUCCGUUCGCGGAAAAUGAAGAAUGCAAAGUCCUCGCACUGCCAUGCGAUGAUGACGGCAACCUCACCGUCUACAUGUUUCUGCCCAAGGAACGGUUUGGCCUGUCGAGGUUCGAACAAACGCUUACAACAGAAAAGUUGCUCGACCUCGUGAGUGCACUUAAGCCAAACACCGUGCAGGUGCAAAUUCCAAAGUUUGCGAUCAAAUCCACAUUGAAUCUUGACAACUCUCUGAAGCAGCUCGGGCUGGGAAAUAUCUUUUCAGCGGACGCAAACUUUUCCGGCAUAAGCCACACAGACCACUUACGGGUUUCGUCGUUUCUUCACGCCACAUUUGUUGAGUUAGAUCAGGUCGACUGUGUCAAAGUGAUUUAUAUGACUUGCUUUCAGGUCGACGAAGAAGGAGGUGAACCAUCAGCGUCAGCUCAAUUUGACAGGAAGCUUGCUAUGGAAUUUCCCACCAUAAGUCAAAUGGAAUUCAUCGCUGAUCACGGGUUUCUGUUCGCACUGAGAAUGGUCGACAGAAAUACGCUGUCAACGUAUCCUCUGGCCAAUUUUUCCGUCAGUCUCUAUCAGCACGUGGGAACAUCGUCCGAAUCGUUAUGUCUUUCGCCGCUCUCCGUGUCCUUGGCCUUGGCGAUGAUUUUCUACGGAUCCGGCGGAAAUACGAAAAGCCAAAUCCGGGAAACAUUGAUCGGGUCGGCUUCAACCGACGAACAUCUGUCUACCUACAUGAGCGACGUCAUGAGGACAAUCAACAACACGGAGGACAACCUGAAGCUUUACGCGGUGAACAGAUUGUACAUAGAUCAGAAAUACGAUGUGUUAGAAUCGUACAAAACUGAGGUACACGACAAACUGAAUUCCGAAAUAGUAUCGGCCGAUUUUUCUAAUCCGAACAAAGCCGCAUCAGAAAUUAACACUUGGGUUGCGGUGGCGACACAUGAGAAGAUCACGCAGCUGGUGUCAGCGGAUUCGCUUGGUCCAGAGACGCGCCUGAUGAUCGUCAAUGCCAUUUAUUUCAAGAAUAAAUGGAUUAAGGAGUUUUCGAGAAGCAGCACGUCGAAGAAAGUCUUCUACAAGUCACCAGGUCACGAUGUGAAAGUGGACAUGAUGCACAAGAAAACCUACUUCAUGUACGGAGAAUCUUCCGACUGCCAAGUGCUGGAAAUGCAAUACAAAGGACGUUCAGCGUCGAUGAUCGUUCUCUUGCCAAACGAACGGUAUGGCUUGAAGAAAUUUGAGCAAGAACUAACGGCAAAAAAGUUGGUCCAGCUGCUGUCUUCCACUUAUCACACAACCGUGGCCGUUCAGUUCCCCAAGUUCGAACUCCGGUCAAAGUUUGAACUGAACCAGGCUUUACAACGUAUGGGAAUAACGGAUAUGUUCACCGGCGAUGCGAAUUUGUCACGGAUCAGUGGCAAACGCGACUUGCACGUUUCGUCUGGCACACACGAGGCUUACAUUAAGGUUGAUGAGAAAGGCACAGAGGCGGCAGCAGUCACCGGAUUCCAGGUAAGAUUAAUGGCCGCGGCGGUUCCACCUAGGGAAAUCCGUUUCAUUGCCGACCACCCGUUCAUGUUCGCCAUCAUCGACAAAAAGCACAAGAACAUUUUGUUUAUGGGAAGAUUCAUUGGCUAA